AGAUCUCAAAGAAGAAGAAGAAGAGUCAGCAGGAAUCUAUCAGAGACUGAAACAUGAAAGUCCAUCCCGGUUUGAUCUGCUUCUUCUUCCUCUCUCUGCAGGAUGGAAACAUUGGUUUCAUCAGUGCCCAAACAUAUUACCAUACAGUAACUGAGGGAGGACAGACAGAACUUGAAUGCCCGUCUUCCUCAGCUUCCAGUAGAAAGUUCUUCUGCAAAGAAACCUGCAAACAAGAGGACAUCCUGAUAGACACAGAAGAGGUCAGCGCUCAGAGCGGCAGAUACAGCAUUGGACCGAGGAAAGGACAAACUUCAUCAGGAGAUGUUUUUGUGAACAUUUCAAAUGUGACCAAGUCUGACUCAGGACUGUACAGGUGUGGUGUGGUUCGAUCUUUAUCAUCAGCUACAUAUGUGAAAACUGAGAUCAUUGUUGUAGACGCGCUGCUGAAUGAGGACAGGAGAGAGACACACACUCUGUAUGCAAGGAAUGGAGGAAAUAUUAAAGUAGCAUGCUACUUUUCUUCUUCGUUUUUCACUGUGAGACGAGCAUUCCUGUGCAGAGGAGAAAAAUGUUUUGUUCUUACCACCAAAACAGAUGAUGACACACGUCAGAGAGGCAGACACACCAUCAGAUAUUUAAAAUUUAAUACUGGAGCAUCUGUGUAUGUGAGCAUCUCCCAGCUGAACAGGUCUGACUCAGGACGGUACAGGUGUGGUCUGGAGAGACCUAGGGUUCUGGAUCUUGACCGAGAGUUUAAGGUCAAUGUUACAGACGAGUCUCCCACUGCAGAACCGAACUCAGAAACCUCAACGUCAGUUCCACCGAACAAACAUGCAGCAUCCCCUGAAACCACUGAGCAGUCUGGGACAUCAACCACGGAUAUACUGCUGUAUGUGGGACUCACUCUGGUCGCUCUGGUUGUCCUCUUCUCUCUGGCUUUGCUGAUUUUCUGCAGGAGGAAGUCUAUGAAACCAAAAGAAGCUCCUGAGGAAACAGAGUACGCUAACGUCUCAGAGAUCAAACAAGCCAAAUACACAAAACCAAAUGAGAUUGAUAUCAGCAGUGAUUACAGCUCCAUCCCUGGACCCAAGUCUCAGCCUACAGCUGAAGACUCCUCGAGCAAACUCACCUACUCUGAGUUGAAUUUCUCUGAUCGGGCUUCCAUUUCGCUCAGCAGCGCCCCCCAUGGACACCCUGACACCGUUAUCUACUCCACGCCUCGCUAGAAGAAACUCUGGUGUCAAUGAUGUCAACAAUGACUUCCUGUGACUUUGUACAAUGUCACCACAUUUCCCCCUUUCUUUUAAAAUGAACAGUUGACUGAGAAAAUGUAGACUCAACAUUUUGCUCCAUGCUAGCGCUACUUUUAUAUAUUUUAAGUAUUCUGUCUGUAAUUAUGUUUUGUAUUGUAGAAGUAGUAUUAGUACAAGCAGGUUAGAGCUGAGACAAUAAUGUGUGUAUGUUUUUUGUGUUAAAGUUACUGUGAGGAGUUUUUAAUAACAGUGACGCUUCUAUACCCCCCCCCCCAAAAAAAAAAACAAGACCUUUAGAGACCAGAUUUUAUAUCUGUGGGUGAUUGUUUUAAAGUCUGUGUUCAUUGUCAGAGGGGUAGGUUUCAGAUCCACUAACAGCCUCUUCAAGAAACAGCCUUGUUUACUUUUUUCAGACCUAAUAUUUGCAAUGAGUGAUACAUUUACUUGUUAAAAGAAAGAAGGAGGAGAUUUUUUGACCACUUAGAUAUGUAGGAAACCCUUGCUUCAAAUGUAUGGCUCACAGUUUCCUUGAUUCCUUGAUCUUUCUGAUUUCUGUACACGCUGUAGCCGGUUAGUUGAGAGGAGACUUUUUGAAUGCUGCGGCACAUAAAGCUAAAAACACAAGUAACACAAGGAAGAACUAAAAUCAUGGACAUGGUUUUAAUUAAACAGUAGUUAUGAAUGUUGUCACCUGGCACCAACAGGAUGUGAAAAGAGAGGUUGUUUAAAGUUUGAAUGUAGAAAAAUAUAUUUUUGUAAUGCUUGUUUGCUAUUUAAAAUACAUAAAAUAAGAUAUAGUGAUCUUCAUCUGGUGGAAGUAUUUGAAUAAUCCACAAAAAGUCAGAUACCAACUCCACACUGUAAAAAAUACUUUGUUAGAACGAUUAAAAGUGAAGCUUUGAAGCUGUAACUUCUGCACUGUUAAAUAUUCUGUUAAGUUUUUUAUUCGUCCUGCAUUUAUAAAAGCAGGACUUCACUGUAGAGGAUUUGGUUUGAAGCUCAUUUUGAAAUGUUAUUUAAAGGAUGCUAAAAUGCCAUUUGUUUUUUUAUGAAUCUUAAAACAGUGACAAUGACCCACAGCUCAGGGUGGGACCAUCACGAUGCUUGCAAGAUUCUUGUGAACUGUAUUGAAAUAAAGAGCACCGGAUAUGUGCUGACUGUG